CCGUGUAAAUGUAAUCUAGGCUUUACUCAUUAGUCUCUGUAGCACAACGCUCACAACAUUGGUAUACAGGUUGCGGUACAUUUUUCAGGUUCACCUUGGUGAGGCAAGGAGGCGACCUACAGUAUACACACAGGUUAUUAGAAAAAAAGUUAGCCAACAUCAUUUUCAUCUUCACUAAAGUCAACGAAACGAAAAGGCAACGGAGAGUAACAUGCUGAACUACAACAAGAUUCUCUACUUUUUCUUUCGGUGUGCCAUACAAGCUGUCGACGCUAUUCUUCGGACUUUGUUUAAGAGGCGUUUUACUCCUCUCACCGAAGAAAGUCUGCUUGGGAAUUUCUCUGACGCUGACCGGCGAUUGCUUUUUUCGGACACUACCAUUGGCCGUUGGUCUUACGAGGGGGUGCUUGUGUUGCAAAGAUCUUUCCAAAAUGACAAAACGGCGUCUGCUUUCACCAGAUAUUUGCUUGGAAAGUUGUUGGAAGGUAGCCUUCGAAAUCGACUUGCAGUACUACGCCGGCUGACUGUGGUUGAUUUAUCUACGUGUCCGAUAACUAAACCCAUAUUCAUCAUCGGGCCCUCUCGAUCAGGCACGACAUUUCUACAGAACCUGUUGUUUCAAGACCCUCAAAAUACGUCCAUGAAGGUAUAUGAGUUAAGACAGCCGGUGUCCGAGAUAACUUCUGUGGACAAACGCAUAGCGGCAAUCAAACAGGAAUUAGACAUGGCUUUCGACGCUUACCCUAUGGCUAAGACCAUUCACUACAUUCGGCCAGAGAUGCCAUACGAAUGCUUUUAUAUUUUUCGCAAUGUGGGUAUUUUCACCGUCGCUCCCAUACUGAGUAGCAACCCCAGUGAUUACUAUAACUGGCUUCGUGCGAGGACUAAAGCGCAGAUGGUGGAGGCUUACCGCUUCCACAAGAAACAACUUCAGUUAAUUUUACUUGCAAGGGGAACAGAUUUCAUCGAAAAGAGGCAACACCUUUUCCUAAAAGAGGCAAUGCACAGCGCUCACCUAGACGCCAUACUGGAGGUGUAUCCCGACGCUCGUUUUAUCCAUACGUUCCGAAACCCUUGCGCAACUGUGGCGUCCCUUUGUUCUCUCAAGGAGUGGACACUUCGAAUGUACGGCUGCAAAAUUGAUAAAAGUACACUGGAGAAGAUAGGUCAGAUAUUUUUACGCAACCCCUUGUUUCAAAGUGGCAACGAGUUGGUGAGGUUCAGAAAAAAACACAAGGAGGAAGAAAGCCGUUUUAUAGAUAUUAAUUAUGAAGAUCUUGUUGCAUCUCCAAUCGAGGCUGUCAGGCGGAUAUACGGACACUUUGGAAUGACAUUGUCUGAUCAAGCUUUAGAGAAAAUGAACGCUUACCAACGAGAAAAUCCCCAAAACAAGUAUGGGCGCCAUAAGUACAAUUUGGCAAGAUAUGGCCUUGGGGAGGAGGAGGUGUUAGAAUAUUUCAAAGAGUACAUAGAUUAUUUUGACGCUUCUGGGUGGUAG